AUGCAGUCAAGUUGAAUCUUGAUAACCAACUGAUUAGAUUUGGUUGUGCUAAACCAAAGCUUUAAUUAUCUGGCUGUAUGGUAAUACCAGGGAAACUCUUAUAAAGAGUUUUGUAUGGAGUAUAUCCCUCUAUGGGGCAGAAACAUGGGCAAUACUCAAAGCGGAAAGAAAAAAUAUUGAAGCAUUUGAAACAUGGUGUUGGAGAAGAGCACUGAAAAUUUCUUGGACAGUGAAAGUUAAAAAUGAGGAAGUAUAUCUAAGAAUAAACAAACAAAAAACAAUAUGGAAGAUAAUCAGAGAAAGGAGGAAAAAAUGGAUCGGACAUAUUAUGAAAAACAAUGAAUGGAUAACGACAAUAAUAGAAGGAAAAGCUGGAAUAGGUAGACCAAGAACAUUUAUGAAACAGAUCAUAGAAGACAUAGGGAAAACCAAUUAUAAGGAACUAAAAGUAGCUGUAAUGGAUAGGAACAAGCGGAAAGCCAUCGAAGUUAUUUAA